AUGGCAGCAGACGCCCCCGCCCCGUCGGUCGACAUCAAGCCGCUGCUGGCCCGGAUGUGGCCCGUCCCGGACGCGAAGGAGCCCCCGACCGCCGACGAGAUCGCCGACGCCGUCGCCCACUUCUUCACCCACGCCGUGUCCGACGUCCAGGCCGCCUCCCUGCUCAUGUGCCUGCACUUCACCGAGAUGGACCGCCGCGCCGACGUCAUGGCCGCCUGCGCGGACCGCAUGAGGAAAGCCGCGGCGCAGAUCGACGUCGAGGCGCUCAAGGCCGUCAUCGCGCACCGCGACCUCGGCGAGGGCGACUACAAGGGUGGUCUUUGUGACAUCGUCGGCACGGGCGGCGACUCCCACAACACCUUCAACGUCUCGACCACGGCCUCCAUCAUCGCCUCCUCCCUCCUCCUCCUCGCCAAGCACGGCAACCGCGCCAGCACGUCCAAGUCGGGCUCCGCCGACCUGCUCGCCAGCGUCGAGCCCCGGCCCCCGCAGGUCUCGGCCGUCGAGCCCGCCACCAUCAUCCGGGUCUACGAGCGCACCAACUACGCCUUCCUUUUCGCGCCCGUCUUCCACACAGGCAUGCGCUUCGUCGCGCCCAUACGCCGCCAGCUGCCCUGGCGCACGCUCUUCAACCUCAUCGGGCCCCUCGUCAACCCGACCGACCUGAUCGAGGGCCACCCGGCCAUCGAGGCCCGCGUCAUCGGCGUCGCCCGCCGCGCCCUGGGCCCCGUCUUCGCCGAGGCGCUCGUCAUGGCCGGCGUCAGGAAGGCCAUGAUCGUCUGCGGCGAGGAGGAGCUCGACGAGGUCAGCUGCGCCGGCCCCACGCUGUGCUGGCGCGUCAAGGAGGAGACCCCCGGCGGCGAGGUGGCCGUCGAGCACUUCAGGCUCACCCCGGAGGACUUUGGCCUGCGCAAGAGGCACCCCCUGAGCACCGUCUCCUCGGGCAGGGAGCCCGCCGAGAACGCGGCCAUCCUCAAGAGGAUACUGGCCGGCGAGAUGGCCGACGACGACCCCAUCCUCGAGUUCGUGCUCAUCAACACGGCGGCGCUCUUCACCGUCAGCGGCCUGUGCGAGGCCGAGACGAGCAGCAUGGGCGCCGGCGACGACGGGCGGGUCGUCACCGAGAGGGGGCCCAGCGGCCUGCGCUGGAAGGAGGGCAUGCGGAGGGCGCGCUGGGCGAUCAAGAGCGGCGCGGCGCUGGGGCAGUUUGAGAGGUUUGUCGAGGUGACGAACAGCUUCUGA